AUGCCUCUCGGUUCUUCCAAUAGCUGCACGGUAAGCCGCCCAGGAGGGCGGGAGGAGGAGGACGCCAAGAAGAAAGACUGGCUGGAGUUAGCCUGGUUCGCCAUGAAGCGGCCGCGCAAGCGCGGAAGAUUCGACAAGCCCGUCGCUAUGGAACCGGACGGGACCUACGAGCCGGGCUUCGUGGGUAUUCGAUUCUGCCAGGAAUGUAAUAACAUGCUGUACCCCAAGGAGGACAAGGAGAACCGCAUUCUGCUGUACGCGUGCCGCAAUUGCGAUUACCAGCAGGAAGCUGACAACAGCUGCAUCUACGUCAACAAAAUCACGCACGAAGUGGACGAGCUGACCCAGAUCAUCGCAGACGUGUCGCAGGACCCCACGCUACCUCGGACGGAGGACCACCCUUGCCAGAAGUGUGGCCACAAGGAGGCAGUGUUCUUCCAGUCCCACAGUGCCCGAGCUGAGGACGCCAUGCGCCUCUACUACGUAUGCACCGCCCCACACUGCGGCCACCGCUGGACUGAAUGA